AUGGACAAACGACGACGUUUAGUGCCCAAGAUGAAGGACGCCAGGAAGGAGGAGGACCUUCAACCUUUGAUGGAGGAAGAUAAUUCAGAUUGUGAGGAACAUUUCAACCACGCUCUAGAUGAUUACUCAUCGGGAUACGAUUCAGCAGACGUUGACGUAUCAGACGUCGAUUCAGAUGAAUGUAUGAUGUCACAAAACGCAUCGUGCCCGUCUAAACAUAAACCCAUGUGCCCAAAUGUAGGACAUCAGGUGCGAGCACGCGUCAGUAGCAUGAAAACCUUGUGCGAGAGUUUGAAGCUAAUUCUCAACAUGCCCGAGAUGUGUGACGUCACAUUCCUGGUUGGAACAGACAACACGCCUGUACAUGGUGUACGCUCAAUCUUGGCUACAAGAAGCACGGUGAUGUACCAGCUAAUCUACAACCAUAUCAAGAAAUUAGAAGGGCCGUCAUCCUUCGGAGUACGUCUGACGAUACCGGUACACAAGUACGAGGCCGAGGUGUUCCGAAUGUUGAUACAGUUCAUUCACUGCGGGGCCGCUACCAUCACUGAUUUAACUGUUACAGGUCUGCUUUGUGGCGCGUGUCAAUUCGAGCUCGGGGACUUGGAGGUUGCCUGCUGGCGUUACCUCAGAGCAAGGCUCAGUUCGGGCCACGAGGAAACUAUCCUCGAUGGCUCCCGGAAGUACAAACAACAUCGGAAAUACGCCUUCAUCAUGGAACAGAUCUACAAAUUAUUGGACCAGAGAUUCCACCAUCGAAAGAGUUUCCGUACCACAAAGGCCCGUGAAACAGAUGUAUAA